AUGGAGGAGCUAAUGGCGCAGGUUGCCGAGCUCCGCCGCCAGAACCACCAGAUCCUCACCAGCCUCCGCGCCACCACGCAGCACCACGUCGUCGUCGAAUCCGAGAAUGCCGCUUCAGAUCUAGGGUUUCCGCAGCAAAACCCCCUAGCUCCGCCGCCAGAACCACCAGAUCCUCACCAGCCUCCGCGCCACCCACCGCCGUCCGACCCCAUCCUCUAUUGCCCGCGUCAGAUCUGCCGUUCAGUGGGCAGCUCACGGCCGCGCCAGAUCUGCCCAGCCGCUGCAACGACUCCGACAAGGAGAAUUGGAAUUCAGGGGUGGGGCGAGUCAGCAGUGGCGGAGCAACGCUGCCGCGUGCGCGGCUCCCUCCGUCUCAGAACAGCACUCAUCUCCUUCAUCUUCCUCAUUUUCAUACUACUUGCUCCUAGUGGCCAUGCCAAGAGGAACACCCCAAGUGGCAAAAAAUCCUCACCUUUUGAUUUCGUCAAUAAAUUAAAAGGUUGUCACAAGGGCAACAAUACUAAAGAGAUCCAUGAGCUCAAAGCCUACCUCGAGAAAUUCGGUUACCUCAAAUAUCCAAAUAAAAACCAAGCCAUUGAUGAUGAUUUCGACGAUAUCCUCGAAUCAGCCAUCAAAACCUACCAAGAAAACUACCACAUCAAACCCUCAGGGAUCGUGGACGAUGAGACGAUAUCAAAAAUGACAACCCCACGAUGCGGGGUGCCUGAUAUCGUCAACGGCACUAACUACAUGCAACCUCGAAACAGAAACCACGAGUCUGGCUUGAGUGGCAUCGACACCGUGUCCCUCUACUCUUUCUUUCCCGGAAACCCUAAAUGGCCACCUUCCAGAACCCAUCUGACCUACAGGUUCUUGCCCAAUCUUCCCGCCAUCGCCAUGGACCCCGUGGCACGUGCCUUUCAGAAGUGGCAAUCUUCCACACACUUCACCUUCGCACGUGCCCAACCCAACCAAAAUUCAGAUUUGGUUAUAGGGUUCUACAGCGGGGACCAUGGUGAUAUAGACCCUUUUGUUGCCCGCGAUGGAACCCUAGCUCAUGCAUUUGCACCAAUGAAUGGAAGCUUCCAUUACAACGCCGACAACAGGUGGUCAAAUGGGGCAUUUGCCGGUGCUCACGACUUGGAAACCGUCGCGCUUCAUGAAAUCGGGCACCUUUUAGGGCUCGGACAUAGCUCGGAUGCGGCGGUAAUUAUGUUUCCUAAUAUGGGAGCCGGACUGACUAAAGAUUUGAACGCAAAUGAUAUUCAAGGAAUAAGGACUUUAUACAAUCGCUAA